AAAACCGGAAGUGGGUGUGACAGGGACGGGAGCCGAGUGGGACCGCUGUGCUAGAUCCAGGGCAGUGGGAUUAGCAGCCUUGGAAGCAAUGAUUCCUCCGCAGGAGGCGUCCGCCCGGCGGCGGGAAAUAGAAGACAAGCUGAAGCAGGAAGAGGAGACGUUGUCUUUCAUCAGAGACAGCCUAGAGAAGAGCGACCAGCUCACCAAGAACAUGGUGUCCAUCCUGUCGUCGUUUGAGAGCCGCCUCAUGAAGCUGGAAAACUCCAUCAUCCCUGUGCAUAAGCAGACGGAGACCCUGCAGCGGCUGCAGGAGAACGUGGAGAAGACCCUGUCCUGCCUGGACCACGUCAUCAGUUACUACCACGUGGCCAGUGACACCGAGAGGACCAUCAGGGAGGGCCCCACAGGUAGGCUGGAGGAGUACCUGGGCAGCAUGGCCAAGAUCCAGAAGGCUGUGGAGUACUUCCAGGACAAUAGCCCGGACAGCCCGGAGCUCAACAAAGUGAAGCUGCUGUUUGAGCGGGGGAAGGAGUCACUGGAGUCGGAGUUCCGCAGCCUGAUGACCCGGCACAGUAAGGUGGUCUCCCCUGUGCUCAUCCUGGAUCUGAUCAGCGGCGAGGACGAGCUGGAGGUCCAGGAGGAGGUGGCGCUGGAGCACCUGCCUGAGGGCGUGUUGCAGGAUGUGAUCCGCAUCUCGCGCUGGCUGGUGGAAUACGGCCGCAACCAAGAUUUCAUGAACGUCUACUACCAGAUCCGCUCCAGCCAGCUGGACCGCUCCAUCAAGGGCCUGAAGGAGCACUUCCGGAAGAGCAGCUCCUUCUCGGGGGUUCCCUACUCGCCCGCUAUCCCCAACAAGAGGAAGGAGACCCCCACCAAAAGGCCGGUCAAGCGGCCAGGGACGAUCCGUAAGGCUCAGAACCUUCUGAAACAGUAUUCCCAGCAUGGUCUAGAUGGGAAAAAGGGGGGCUCUAACCUCAUUGCUCUGGAAGGGAGAGAUGACAUGCUGGAUGUGGAGACGGACGCCUACAUCCACUGCGUCAGUGCCUUUGUCCGGCUGGCCCAGAGCGAGUACCAGCUGCUGACUGACAUCAUCCCCGAGCACCACCAGAAGAAGACCUUCGACUCCCUGAUCCAGGACGCACUGGACGGGCUGAUGCUCGAGGGGGAGAAUAUCGUGUCGGCCGCCCGCAAGGCCAUCAUCCGACACGACUACUCGGCAGUGCUCACCGUGUUCCCCAUCCUGCGGCAUCUGAAGCAGACCAAGCCUGAGUUCGACCAGGUGCUCCAGGGCACAGCCGCCAGCACCAAGAACAAGCUGCCCAGCCUCAUCACCUCCAUGGAGACCACCGGGGCCAAAGCUCUAGAGGACUUUGCGGACAACAUCAAGAACGACCCAGACAAAGAAUACAAUAUGCCCAAGGACGGUACCGUACAUGAGCUCACAAGCAACGCCAUCCUCUUCCUGCAGCAGCUUCUGGACUUCCAGGAGACAGCGGGCGCCAUGCUGGCUUCCCAAGAGACCAGCUCUUCAGCCACCAGUUACAGCUCCGAGUUUAGCAAGCGGCUUCUGAGUACCUACAUCUGUAAAGUCCUGGGCAACCUGCAGUUGAACUUGCUGAGCAAGUCCAAGGUGUACGAGGACCCGGCUCUGAGCGCCAUCUUCCUGCACAACAACUACAACUACAUCCUCAAGUCCCUGGAGAAGUCUGAGCUGAUCCAGCUGGUGGCCGUGACCCAGAAGACGGCGGAGCGCUCCUACCGGGAGCACAUUGAGCGGCAGAUCCAGGUCUAUCAGCGCAGUUGGUUAAAGGUGAUUGACUACAUUACUGAGAAGAACCUCCCUGUGUUCCAGCCUGGAGUCAAGCUCCGGGACAAGGAACGGCAGGUGAUCAAAGAACGUUUUAAGGGCUUCAAUGACGGCUUCGAUGAGCUGUGCAGGAUCCAGAAAGCCUGGGCCAUCCCAGACACAGAGCAGAGGGACAAGAUUCGCCAGGCUCAGAAAAACAUCGUCAAGGAGACCUACGGGGCCUUUCUGCAGAGGUACGACAAUGUGUCCUUCACCAAGAAUCCUGACAAGUACAUCAAGUACCGCGUGGAGCAGGUGGGCGACAUGAUCGAUCGCCUUUUUGACACCUCCGCCUGAGCUGCUGUGGUCCCUGCCUGGUGCCACCAGACUGGCCAUGUUACUGGACAGAUAAACCACUGUUAACUUG